AUGAGCAUCCAGGACUGGAUCAAGAACGAAGUCGACACCAACGACGUGGUGCUGUUCAUGAAGGGCACACCGAAUUUUCCGCAAUGCGGGUUCUCCGGACAGGUAAUCCAGAUACUCGACUAUGUCGGCGCGCCCUAUAAGGGUAUCAACGUCCUGGAAGACGACGAGUUGCGGAAUGGCAUCAAGGAAUUCACCAACUGGCCGACCAUUCCCCAGCUAUACGUAAAGGGCGAGUUUGUCGGCGGCUGUGACAUCAUCCGCGAAAUGUUCCAGAACAAGGAAUUGCAGGGCCUGCUCACCGACAAGGGUAUCGAGACCGCUCAGCAAUCCGCCUGA